GGCGCUCUAUCGAGAUGGCUGGGUAGGAACAGCAGUGCAGAGGAGCAGCAGGAAGGAGCAAAGAGAGGGAAUUCGGGAUGCACCGCAAGUGAUCUGUGACCGUCUGCCGGUUCGCAUUACAAGGUGGCAGUGCUGCGUACAAUAUAAAGAUAAUGAAGUCACAGUCUGCAUUGUGCAACAUAUAGCAGCAACAUGUGUAACUGGAAUGGAGAGAAGAUUCAUAAAGAGAAAAUAACAGAAUCUGGAAAGCUUUUGAAGGCAUGCCCCUCUAGAAAGAAACUGAAAUGCUAAUGCAACUGCAGAAAGGCAUCUUAGAAGGUUGAAGAAGUAAAUAAAUUUGAAAUGGCUUCAAAACUAAAGAGAUUUUAAUGAUACAAAGCUUGCAGCUCCCAUGGAUGAAGAAGAAACACAAGAGAAUAAAUCAAUGAAGCAACUAAAUAAGGCUCUAGACUCAGACAACAAUUUAGAGUCCGGGUCCAGCCACAAAACUUCACAAACAUCUGAUGUAAAUAAGAAUCAGAUUCAGAGCCUUGUUAAAUUAUCCCAACUGGCCCAACAGGACAGUGACAAUAAUAAUGAAGACAGUACUGCUAGUGAAACGGGGACUUUGAUGCAGUGCUUGAAAAAUGAGAACAACUGUAGCGUUUCGUCAAGUGCAAACCCAGAGCUACUGAAGGAAAAUGGAUCUCCUUCAAAAAGCAAAAAAGGCUCCAAGAUGCAUUUGGACACUGCCAAUGAGGAAUACAAUACCACCUCUAUGGACUUUAUAGUUAAUGGAUCUCCAGUGUCUUUUAUACCAGAGGAUUUGGAAAUGCCAGAAAAAUUGAAAAUUGAGACAGCAAAAAAUAGUCGACCUGUGGAUGAUAUGAUCUCAAUUACCAAGAAACCGGUUGACAAAGAAUACAGUAUGCUUCCGCAUUAUCUUCAUCAGAUUGCAGAGGCUUACUUUCAUGAAGAAGAUUAUGAGAAAGCAGUCCAAUUUAUCCAGCUGGAAAAAUUGUAUCACGAGCAGCUUCUGUCCAAUUUAACAGCUAUUCAAACGCAGUGGGAAUUAAAAUGGAGCACUGCUGCUACCCAGGAGAUGAAGCCUCACAGGAAAAGCCCUUGGACCUUGGGAGCUGAAGACCUGGCAACUCUGACAAACUUAUGCACAAAUCAUCAAAGGCCUGUUGUUGCAGCUGAAAAGCCCAGCAAUCCAGAAAAGGUGUUGGAAAUCAGCCUUAUUGCUUUGAAACAAACAGAAUGCCAGCUAUGCUCUAAAGGCAGCAUAUGCAUUUCAGAUACGUUGUCUGAUGCAGCAACAGAGGAGAAACAGAGCUCACUUAAUUUACCGGUGAUGUCUGAAGAGACAUCUAUUCUAAAAGAAGGUUUUACAGGCCUGGUAUUAGAAGAUCAAGUAGAAGGCCAAACGAAUGAGCUGAACAGCCAGCAGAGGGAAGCCUUGCCUCUCAGUGGCUCCUUGCUAGCUCCCCACACCCAUGAAGACCUAAGGCCUCAUAGACAGCCUCUUCCUGCUUCUCUGCUGCCUGUAAGCACAAGCUGCUGUUCACAGCCUGAAACAGAGAGAGAGAAGCUCCUUGAAGAUGUACUGACAGCAGCAGAAUCCAGUAAAAAACAGAGCAUAAAUGGGGAGCAGCGGCUAGAAGGAGCACAACUGCCUGAGCAGGCAAAUAUUUCCCCAGGGCAUUUGAGCUCAGACUUGCAAACAGGUGGAGAAGAGUAUGAUCCCAGCACCAGUAGGACUCAAGCUGGUCAGGAAUACAGUAACACAAGUGAGAAAAGGGCUGUUUUAGAGGUGAAGGAUAUAACUCAAACUUCUUUGACGAAUGAUUUGGAAAAUACAGCUGCAAGGGAUGAAAUUCAGCCCAAUCCAGAGCACAUGAGUAGAGAGCCCAAAAAGCUGGAGGUACUAUUAGAACAGGACUGGAAAAGUGAAAAUGAACUUGCAGAUGGGGAUCAUUGCCCACAGGAAGGUUUCAGAGAGUUGGAAGAGAAUGGAUCUUUUGAAGAGGACAAAGAACAAUCUUCUUUUGUCUUUACAGAGAUGAUGGAUUUGAGUGAUAGCUUAACCUCCCUGGAUGACCUUGCUAAGAAAAUACAGAUUGAAGAGAUAACACCAGCGGAGGGACUUGUGUCCAUUCUAAAGAGACGGGGUUCUCUUGAUGGGACAGAAGUCCUUCCCGUGACGGUUAAACGAGAGACGAAGAGAAGGGUGAGGUUCCAGGAGCCAGAAGACGCUCUUGACCAAGAUGAAGAGGGCGGUGGUUCCUGCCUUCUUUUAGUCCUGUUGUGCAUUGCAACAGUUUUCAUCAGUGUUGGAGGGACUGCGUUAUACUGCACCUUUGGGGAUGUCGAUUCAAAUGUAUGCACAGAUUUUGCAAAGAACAUGGACUUUUAUUUCACUCAGAUUCAACAAGGCAUAGAGGAGCUGAGACACUGGCUGUCCCCAGGCUCUUAGCUGCUUGGAGUAGUGAACUGCAUUCCUUGUACCUUCUCCUUCAGUAUCCCUCCCUGUGAAAUCAUACCAUGAUGAUGGCAUAAGGAACAUUAUCAGGCAUUAAUUGCAUCAGUACAGUUUAUCCCUCGGGUGGCUGCUGUCAUAAGCUAACCAUUUGCUAUAAAUUGGCCCAAUCACACACUGAACAGUGUCGUUGUAUGUCAAAUAACAGCACAAGGGUGACAGAGGAAACUGAAAUGGAUUUCUAAACAGACCAAAUGUAAUGGCCAUAUGGUAUCUUGUUUCUUCUGCUUCCUUAUAAAUCUUGUUUUAAAACAAGCUGAGACAGAGCACUCGACAGACACAGUUACAAUAUCAUUCAGAGACAUUAGUCUAAUCAAAACAUACUGCCACAGAUAUUGGAAUAUUGUUUAAUUUUUUUUUUGUUUUAAAAUCUUAAUCGUGUAAUAAUAUUGCACAGAUAAGAUGUAUAAAAUAUCAGGUUUGUAUUUUAAUAUUGUCUUCUCUUCAGGCAAAAUGGUAGCAUUUUAAAGGUUUUAUUGUCAUUUUUAAACAGUUAUUCAAACUUAAAGUGAAAAGCCCUGUUUGUUCUGAAGGUUAAUUGGGGACAUUACCUACCUAUCUAUCUAUCUAUCUAUCUAUCUAUCUAUCUAUCUAUCUAUCUAUCUAUCUAUCUAUCUAUCUAUCUAUCUAUCUUUGUCUGUCUGACUGUCUAUCUAUCUAUCUGUCUGUCUGUCUAAUAACAAUACUUGUCACAGCAAAGUUUAAUAAGAACAUCUG